UUGUUAUUUCUUUUUGAAGGAAUUUUAGUUGGUUAUCCACGCGUUACUUCGGGGUUUUUUGUCAACAAAAAAGGUUUUUUUUCGUGAAAAUCUAAGUCAACUAUAUUUUAGGAAAACCGGUGUGAAAAGGUAUCGGCGAUAUGAGUACAAUACUUGAAAAAAUUGCGGCCAUCGAGUCCGAGAUGGCACGAACCCAAAAGAAUAAAGCUACAUCAGCUCAUCUGGGUCUUUUGAAAGCUAAAUUGGCAAAGUUGCGCCGAGAGCUGAUAUCACCAAAAGGUGGUGGUGGUGGUGCCGGUGGUGAUGGCUUUGAAGUUGCUAAAACUGGUGAUGCUCGAGUUGGCUUCGUGGGAUUCCCAUCAGUUGGUAAAUCAACGCUGCUCUCUAACUUGGCAGGUGUCUACAGUGAGGUUGCAGCGUACGAAUUCACAACAUUAACCACGGUUCCUGGUUGUAUAAAAUAUAAGGGCGCAAAAAUUCAGCUUCUGGAUUUACCUGGUAUCAUUGAGGGUGCUAAAGAUGGUAAAGGCCGUGGUCGGCAAGUGAUUGCUGUUGCACGAACAUGUAACUUAAUUUUUAUGGUGCUAGAUUGCCUUAAACCCUUGGGGCAUAAAAAACUACUUGAGCACGAAUUGGAAGGCUUCGGCAUUCGCUUAAACAAAAAGCCUCCAAAUAUUUACUUCAAACGCAAAGAUAAGGGAGGUGUCAAUCUCAAUAGUAUGGUACCGCAGUCAGAAUUAGAUCCUGAUCUAGUCAAGACAAUCCUGUCCGAAUAUAAGAUACAUAAUGCUGAUAUUACCUUACGAUACGAUGCGACCAGUGACGAUUUAAUUGAUGUUAUAGAAGGUAACCGUAUCUACAUACCCUGCAUUUAUUUGCUGAAUAAAAUUGACCAAAUCUCCAUUGAGGAACUGGAUGUAAUUUAUAAGAUUCCGCAUUGUGUUCCCAUUUCUGCGCAUCAUCGUUGGAAUUUUGACGAUUUGCUAGAAAUGAUGUGGGAGUAUUUGAAGCUGGUUCGAAUUUAUACUAAACCUAAGGGUCAACUACCGGAUUACAACUCACCUAUUGUAUUGCACAAUGAACGUACAAGCAUCCAAGAUUUUUGCAAUAAAUUACAUCGCUCAAUUGCUAAAGAAUUCAAAUACGCUUUGGUGUGGGGCUCUUCGGUAAAGCAUCAGCCCCAAAAGGUGGGCAUUGAUCAUAUCCUAAACGAUGAAGACGUUGUCCAAAUUGUAAAGAAAGUAUAAACGUAGGCAGUGUAUUAUUUGCAUGAACACUUUAAAGCUAUUAUAAUUUUUAAACUUAAAUAAAGUUGACAUUUUUGGACUAAAAAUA